AUGCCGGGCGGCCUAGGCACCGCAGAGACGGACUUUGGCCCGCAGCUCCGCGAGCUGUCCGACUCGUUCCAGGUGGUCUCGUGCGACCCACGCGGGUACGGGCAGUCGCGUCCGCCCGUGCGCGACUUCCCGCCCGACUUUUACCAGCGCGACGCCGACGACGCCGCGGCCGUGAUGCGGGCACUCGGCCACGAGCGCUACGCGGUGAUGGGGUGGUCGGACGGCGCGAUCGCGGCGGUGAUGCUCGCCGCGUCUCAGCGCGCGGCCGUGCGGCGGCUCGUCAUCUUCGGCGGCAACGCGUACAUGGGCGCCGACGACGCGGACGCCUUUGAGGCAGCUCUCCUGCACCUCUGCCACUCUCUCCUGAGAGGCAGCCCUUGCCCCUCGCCGACCCUCCCGCCCCCUCCUGCCCGCCGCCCCCCCCCCCCCGCCUCCCCCUCGCAGGCGAUGCGCGACAUCGGCGGCUGGUCCAAGCGCAUGCGCGAGACGCACCUGCCCGUGUACGGCGAGGACCUGCAGCCGAUGUGGUCUGCAGCGACGGACGCGUGGCUCGGCAUCAUCGCAAAGGGCGGCGACGUGUGCAUGGCGCAGGCGCGGGCGGUGGAGUGCCCCGCCCUCGUCCUGCACGGCGAGAAGGAGCCGCUCCCUGUAGAUGCGGCACACAUGCUCGCCCAGGACCCGAUCUGCCUCUCCGAGCACCCGCGCUGGUUCGCAGACAACAUGGCGGACGCGCGGCUGCAUGUCUUCCCCGACGGCAAGCACAACAUCCACCUCAAGUACGCCGCCGAGGUCAACGGCAUGGUCCGCUCCUUCGCCGCCCCGUGA